AUGGCCAAGAAUAUUGGCAGCGGUGCUGACAAGGCAACAUCUGAACAGUCCGGCAACCUGGCUGGCCAGUUUCCGGUAUGUAUCGGUGCUCGCCUCAUGAUCACCCAGAACAUCUGGCAGCCAGCAGGCCUGGUUAAUGGGGCCCAGGGGAUAGUGUAUGACAUCGACUGGGCACCUGGCGCUGAUACACGUCGUGACCCGCCGUGUGUCAUUAUGAUGGCGCAAGGUAGUGCCCAUAAUCCCCAUGAAGCGAGACUUCUUUCUUGGAACGUCCGCGUGUACACGGAAGCAGUUCCCACUUACAGUAUCGCACGCCAUUACGGUUCACAAGUCACAGAGCAUCACGGCGAACAAGAUGGUGACGGAUCUGUCUGA